AUGGAUUCUGCUACCACCGACACCCACACUCACAAGCUGGGCACCUUACGCCUCCGUCACCAUGAGACGAAUGAGGUCAUUCUCAUUCCGAGUCCUACUGCGGAUCCCAACGACCCCUUAAACUGGUCAAGAAAACAUCGAUAUUUCCUGGCUGUUGUUGCUUGUUUGGCCGUGUUCUUUUGCAAUUUCCUGGCGGCUGGGCCUUCAGUGGCCAUCUCGGAAACGACUAUUGACUUUCUCGGCCCAAUGGGACCCAACUUCUCCAGUCAUGGCGUUGGGAUGCUAUUCUGGAUGCCGCUUAUCGUAAAGUAUGGUCGGCGACCAAUUUACGUCCUCUCAUUCCUGGCGUAUUUUGGGACGGCGUUAUGGUGUGGCUUUGCGCAAUCAUACGCUGUCGAGCUGACUGGUCGAAUCGUUCUGGGCCUGACCGCAGGUACUGGGGAGUGCCUUGGGCCACUUACUAUCGCAGACAUCUUCUUCGUUCAUGAGCGAGGAACUGUCAUGGCGAUAUACACUGCGGCCCUGUCCAUGGGGGUUGCAGGUGGUAUCAUCAUUGAUGGUCUUAUCACUAUUCACUAUCACUGGCGGGUUAUCUACUAUGUCGCGACAGCACUUCUGGGAGCAGUAUUGAUUUUAGUGAUUUUUACUUUUCCAGAGACGACUUACGACCGGAGUGCCGCCGUCUAUCCUUUCGCAAUCAAUGUCGAUGCUGAAAAGACCUACGCAGAAGCGGAAGUUGUGGAGAAUGCCGGGAUAAACAGAAGAAACCCCCCACUUAAGGAGAGCUACAUCAGUUCGAUAAAAUUAUUUCACGGCAUAUACACCAAAGAGACGCUAUUUGGGGUCUUCCUUAGGCCGGUCGUCUUGAUCAUUCUUCCGCCAGUGCUCUGGUCUACUCUGGUCUCUUCCGUCACUGUUGGCUUCCUUGUUGCAAUUACCUCCAAUUAUUCCACGGCAUUUUCGACUUACUAUGGCUUCGAAGCAUGGCAAUCCGGUCUUUGCUUUGUUUCGCCCCUUAUUGGAUCCUUAAUCGGCAUUGUCUGCGGUGGCCAUCUGUCUGACUGGACUGCUGAUUGGUUUACUCGUCGAAAUGGCGGAAUUCGAGAACCUGAAAUGCGGCUUCCAGCUAUUGCCAUUGGUGGUAUCUGCGCGCCCGUUUCUUUAAUUCUAUAUGGAGUUGGCAUCCAAAAUGAGUGCCAUUGGAUGGUGCCAGUCCUUGGACUUGGCCUUCUGAAUUUUGCAAUAGUGCAGGCCACAAAUGUCUCCAUGGUGUACUGCAUUGACUGCUACAGGCCAGCUGUUGGAGAGGUCAGCGUAUCCAUCCUGGCAUUCAAAGCUGGGUUCGGCUUUCUACUCUCGUUCUACACAAACCCCUGGAUAGAUCAGGAUGGCUACGCGAUUGCUUUUGGAGAGAUGGCAGCGAUAUCCGGUAUCAUUAUCUUGCUCGUCAUUCCUUUCUAUUUCUGGGGAAAGCAGAUUCGUCGCAGUACCUGGCAGUGGUCGAUAAUGCGCAAAUAUGGUCACUGGAGCUCUGAUCGCGAGGUUGGCGAGUAG